AAUAAAAGAGAAAUCUGCUUCACUGUGUACCUUCUUCUCUCUCUGCAUUCUUUCCAAGUCGUAUCUGGUCCAUAUCGUACCACCGCAGACUCUCCCAUGGCGGAAUCCCCAAACGGAACUCUGUCUCAAUCUCAGGCUUAUGCAGGGUCUGACCCGGAUACGUUGCAGUACUGGUGCUAUCACUGUGAUAAACGGGUCUCCAUUGAAACCAUAGCGGAUCUUCCUGAUGUUAUCUGCCACGAGUGCAAAAACGGCUUUGUGGAGUCCAUCGCCGCCGUUGCUGCGCCUCUUCCAGCCCCAGAAGCGGCACCUGAUCAGAUCGACGAGGCUAAUUUCAGCAAUCAGUUCUUCCAAGUCCUUCGCCUAAUCGCUCAGGCCGCGCGUGAGGACGACACUCCUCCUCCUCCGCCGUCUGAGCACGCGGAUCCAUCCGAUGACGAUUAUCUCCGAGUUGAAAUCGGAGGGUGGGACAACGGCGACGAGGAUGAGGACGACGAAGUGGAAGGCAGAAAUGAGGAUGAAGAAAAUCAAGACCUAGAGGAGGAGAAUCGAAACGAAUCGGAUGAGGAAGACGACGAUGACGAAGGGGACGAGAAUCACGGCGAGAGAGAGGAAGAGGAUUUCCGGCGAAGGCAGCGCGAUGUGCUCCGUCUUCGGCUUCGCGACCUCGCGGCUCGAGCUGCUAGCCGCCGCAAUCGGAUUCUCGAUUGGGCGGAGAUUCUGAUGGGGCUCGAAGACCACUCAAUCGAGUUCCGAUUACAAGUUCCUGAGGGCGAUGGCUACUUUGGAAACCCUGGCGAUUACGUGGACGCUGCAGGCUACGAAGCCUUACUGCAAAACUUAGCUGAAAGUGAUAAUGGUGGAAGACGGGGAGCUCCGCCAGCUUCAAAAACUGCCAUAGAAGCUUUGCCUACAGUCGUGAUUAAAAGCGAGCUGGAGGAACUAGUCUGUGCUAUAUGCAAAGAUUCUGUAAGCACAGGUGAAACGGCAAAGGAAUUGCCAUGUGGUCAUAGAUAUCAUGGGGAAUGUAUAGUGCCAUGGUUGGGUUCCAGGAAUUCAUGCCCUGUUUGUAGGUUUGAGUUAGCUACAGAUGAUCCCGAGUACGAAGAUGAAAGAAAGAGCAAACCUUCCAACUUUUCCUCCAGUUCUUCCACUGCUGCAGCCAGCAGUGAAGGAUGUGAUUGACUUAUCAUGGUAAAUCUACCUUCUCAUUCAUUCGCACUCCUUUUUACCUCCAAUUUUAGAUUUCCUGUUCUUUUAUCAGAACUCCUUGUGGAUUAGUUGGAUGAAAGUGCUGUAAUCUUUGAAUGUAAAUAAGUUCUUCCAAUACACAGCUUCAAAAUUUACCUCUUAA